AUGGCUGACUUCUCCCCAUCUCAUAUUCUCCUGUCUCCCGUCUCAUAUUUCCCCAUCCCCCCAUUCUCCAGUUCUCCUGUUCACCCAUCUCCCGUCUCAUAUUUCCCUGUCCCCCAUCCCCCGUUCUCCUGUUAUCCUGUUCUCGUGUUCCCCCAAUUCUCCCAUUCCUGUUCUCCCAUUCUCCUGUUCUCCUGUUCUCCUGUUCUCCCAUUCUCCUGUUCUCCUGUUCUCCUGUUCUCCUAUUCUCCUAUUCUCCCUUGUCCUCUUGUUCUCCUGUCCCCCCAUUCUCCCAAUCUCCUGCUCUCCCCGUCUCCCGUCUCCCGUCUCCCGUCUCCCGUCUCCCGUCUCCCGUCUCCCGUCUCCCGUCUCCCGUCUCCCGUCUCCCGUCUCCCGUCUCCCGUCUCCCGUCUCCCGUCUCCCGUCUCCCGUCUCCCGUCUCCCGUCUCCCGUCUCCCGUCUCCCGUCUCCCGUCUCCCGUCUCCCGUCUCCCGUCUCCCGUCUCCCGUCUCCCGUCUCCCGUCUCCCGUCUCCCGUCUCCCGUCUCCCGUCUCCCGUCUCCCGUCCCCUGUCCCCUGUUCUCCUGUUCUCCCGUCCCCCUGUCCUUCCAUUUAUUUAUUUCACAAUUUUCUGUCUUUCAUCUCCCAAUCUCUCUUGUCUCCAAGAUGA